CAGUAUAUUAUGACACCUGUCAUAAAUGAUAAGCAAACUUCAUCUAUUCGGCAAAAUCAUACCUGUUUCAAAAUGAUUACAGAUUAUGAUCUGCAAGGCGAAGAUGAUGGUGCUGUCCAAAUACCGAACUCAGAAACCGAAUUCAUCAAUGCAAAAACCUACCUCCAAAUGGCCAGCGCCAACACCGGAGAUAACCUGUACGACCACCUAACCGAAGUCCUCAACAAAAUUCUAGCAGAACGCCCAGAAAAUGUCAUCGAUUUCUUCGAAGAGUACAGCCGAAAGGUGAAAGAAAGACGGUUCAAACCCAUGACCGAUCACCUGGAGGAUAUGUACGUGCCUCCAGGUAGAUUCGAUCUCGCAAAUAAGAUGCUGCUCCUCUUGAAACCUCUACCUCCGAGUGAACCGAGCACAGUAGAUCCAGAUGACCUGGAACUAGCAGAUAUGUCCAAAAACAACAUGUUGGAGCUGUUAUACUACCUAGAACACUGCGGAAUCGGCUUGCCACGCACCGAAAUGUUCUUCGUGAUGCUAUCAAUACGCAAACUCAUACACACUGAGCCUAUCGCCCACAUAAGGUUCUGGGGCAAAAUUUUCGGCACACUCAAAGAUUACUUAGUAGUCGAAUGCGAACUCAAAGAAGAAGAAUACAUCAAGAGGAACGAGUCUUACCAAGACCAAGUGGAGCCACCAAUAUCUGUAGAAGAAAACCAAGCUGAAGAUAGCAGGAUACGGAAAGCUCUAGAUGCCAUCGCCAAGCAGCAACAGUUGUAUGGCGAAGGAAAAACCGGGAAGUACCCAAGAGACUUACCAACUGCACCUAAGAUACAAUACGAAGAAGCACCUGAAGCCCCGGCAGAACCGUCAGGCGUUGGCAUAAACAAGAAGGUUUACUAUGUGUGUAACGGUGUCGGGGAUCCCUGGAUACAACUUCCCGAUGCUACCCCGAAGCAAAUACGCGUCGCUAGGCAGAUUUACAAGAGCUUCACUGGCAAUCUAGAGGAGCCUAUCUGUACGUAUCCAGAGUUCCCCGGAAAGGAAAGAGAGUUCCUCAGAGCUCAGAUCGCCAGGAUAUCCGCCGGAACGCAGAUAUGCCCUCUUGGCUACUACACUUUCGGCGCUGCCGAGAUGGGAGAAGGAGAGGAAGAAGAGGAGCCUGAGGAGGCUGCUGGUGGUGAGACCAAAACCAGCUACAAACCCAACCCUAAAUAUGAUCCCCCACCGCUCAAAGACCUGCUGGACGGUUCCGUGUCGUUCUGGGUGCACACGGCUGCCUACAUCCUUCCUCAAGGUAGAACCAACUGGUGGAACCCGAGUCCCAUGCCGGACGUGAACGACGAGGAGAUGGACGAAGAGUUAGGGGAGGAGGAAGAGCAGGAGGAGCAGGAGAAGCCCAAAGCGGAGAGGAUGGAACCGGAGACGGGACCUCCUUUGUUGACUCCCUUGUCUGAGGAUGCGUCCGUGGAGGCGGUGCCGCCGUGGAGCGUGCGGUGCUCCUCGGGCAUCAUCGACAAUUUCGCUAUGGCGGUCGUGAGGUCGAAUCUGUGGCCUGGGGCCUACUGUUUUUCAACGCAGGGUAAAAUCUUCCAGAACAUCUACCUCGGCUACGGCCUCAAGUACAUGGAGCACAACUUCAGCCCCCUGCCCCUGCCGCCCGUCCAACAGGAGUACCCCAUCGGGCCGGAGAUUCUCGAGAUGACGGACCCGAGCGGAGCCGAUGAGGAAAAGUGGCGCAUCGACCACCUGCCCAAACCGAAAGAGGUCGUAUUGGCGGGAGAGGAAGCCGAACCCGAAGAAGCGGGGGAAGAAGAAGAGGAGGAAGAAGACGAAGACUGAUGAUAUGAUAUAGUUAUAGUUUAUGCGAAGUUAAUUGAAGAAGCUAAAAAAAUUUUAACCGGCUGCAUGUCGGCAAAUCCUUUGACUAGCCGCAGCUAACAGCGGCGGGUAAAAUAUUUUCUUCGCUACCACAAAUAAAAGCUGUUUUUGAAUGAAUUUUUGAUUGUUCAAAAAUUACCUAUGUAUCCA